AUGAUCCGCGGUGUCUGGAUGUACCCCCGCGGGGGCGCCGCCGGAGGGGCGGUGUGCUGCGCCCCGCGCCGCAGCGACAAGCCGGUGGCCGACCCCGAGCGGGCGCAGAAAUGGCGCCUGUCGCUGGCCUCGCUGCUCUUCUUCACCGUGCUCCUCUCCGACCAUCUGUGGCUCUGCGCCGGGGCCAAGCUCCGCGCCCGGGAGCGGAGCGGCGCCGGGAGGCCGAGGAGCCGCGGGCCGCGGGCCCUGCUGGCGGCCGAGCCGGCGGGCGGCAGCUGCGAGGCCCUGCUCGGGAACCUCAGCCGGGCCCCCGGGCCCUGCCCCGCCGCCCGCGGCGACCUGGACUCGGCCUGCGCCCGGCUGCACGCCCUGCAGCGGCCGCGGGGCAACCCGGCCGGAGCGCCCCUCCGCUCGCCCCCCGCCGCCGCCCCUUACUUUGCCUCUCCCUCCUCCAAGAGGACCUUCCUGCAGGCUUACUUUAGGAACUUCAACCUCUCCUUUUGUGAUACUUACACGAUCUGGGACCUGCUGCGGGAGAUGGCCGGUCCGGACGGCCUGGACUGCAGCGUGGACAACCUGAUGGUGGACUUGGUGGUGGCGGCGGCCGGGGCGCUGGGUGGCGAGGCCUGUAGCAGCUGCGUCCAGGCGUACCAGCGGCUGGACCAACACGCUCAGGAAAAAUACGAGGAGUUCGACCUCUUGCUGGAGAAGUACUUGCAAUCGGAAGAGUACUCGGUCAGAUCCUGCCUGACGGACUGCAAGGCUGUCUACAAGGCCUGGUUGUGCUCCGAGUAUUUCAACGUGACCCAACAACAGUGCCGACACCGGAUCCCAUGCAAGCAAUACUGCCUGGAGGUGCAGACCAGGUGCCCGUUUGUGUUACCGGACAACGAUGAACUGAUCUAUGGAGGUUUGCCUGGCUUCAUCUGUACAGGGCUGCUGGAGAACCAGCUGCCUGAAGAGGAGGCCAAGUGCUGCGAGGUGCAAUGGGACUCCUGCGACCACCCGCCAGACAGCAACGAUAACACAUCCCCCAAAUCCACAGCAUCAGAGUCACUCCAUUUCCACCGCCACGACCCCCACCUCCAUCACCAGCGGCAGAACCACUACCACCUCUACCACCACCACCACCACCAGUACCACCAGCCCCACUCCCCAUCCUUGCUGCCGGUCUCCGCAGGGUCUCGCUUCAGCAGCAGCAGGAUCAGACUGUGCGUGCUGGUCCUGAUGCUUCUCCACACCAUGGUGUCCUUCUCAAGCGUGCACAUUGACGGCGGGGCAGCCGGCGGAGGGCUCAGCCUGGAGGCCCUGCCUGCCCUGGAGGAGAGCGUGGCGCGGGACGAGUGACACGGAGGGCAAAGCCGACCUCUAAGAAGAACGCCAGAUCUUUUUCCACGAAGGGGGGCACAUGCUAUUCCUCCAAUGGGAGGCACGGGAUUGGGGGUGACGCACACACACACACCCCUGCACAUACCCCCAAGAGCUGCUCGCCGCGGGGCAUCCCCGUGAUGAAGAGUCUCUAAUGCGCACAGGGCUGCGGGACUCGGCUUUGAGAAGGGUUCGGUCAGUAGCAGCCGGCGCAGGAAGGAGAUGUCAGGGCAGUUCAUUCACUGCCACUCAGGACUGCAGGCGAUGCUGGGAGACGCUUAAAAAAGCCAAAAGAAAAUCCCUGAUAUCUGCUGCUUCAGGAACAGGAUCCUCCUCAGUGGUACGAUGGAGCUGCCCAUGGCCGAGUGAGCUCUGUAAGUCCCAUCCAGCUGGCGCAGCCUCCCUGUGCCGCAUUCACAGGGAGGUAGGUGAUACACAGUGCAGAGCAGGGCCUAUUGAAGUCUCUGCCUGCAAAAAGUCAUGCAGCAGCUUGUGGUGAAUUAUAAUAGGAUACCUCCCUGCCACCCCAGAAAGGAAUGCCUAUAGAAAUGGGUAGAGACAAAAUCAGGACAGAAACGUGCUCGGCUUCUGUGAAAAUCCCUGUUAAAAUCUAUGCAAUGUGGCAGACAAUUUUGCUCAUAGGCUUUCCAAGCUGCCCUAUGGCUUCCCAUCCACAGGGCAAUAAAUCUCUUAAAUUGCACUUGAAAGGUUAGGAAGGGCAGUGUCUAAUGUUUAGGCAGAACGUUAGUAACUGUUUGAUCUUCCCCAUCAAACAAAGCCAGCUCUUGAGCAUCCUGGUGGGGUGACAGUGGUACCUGCAUUAGAAACCCUGCAAUCAUCCCUUCUGCGCCCAAAGAAGCCUGUUCACAGCUCCUGGAUCACAGCAGCUCAGGCUGAGGGUACACGUGUCCAGGCAUCAUUUAGUUUUAUUUCAGGAGUGGAGGUUUUCAGCAGCUAAUUUUGGGUGUUCUUGGUCCAUAUGGCUCUAUGGGUGACUGCUCCCCAUCCUGUGCCUUGCUGCAUGGAGAGGGAUAGGGAGAGCCUGCUCUGCUUGUCCUGAGUGCCAGACCCUGACUCCUUUACACCACUCCUGCAGCUCCAGGCUCCGUCUCAUACAACAAAGCCAGCCCAGACCAUGCUCCCCAUGGCUGAGUGGAGAAGAGCAUCCUCCCAAAAACAAGUUUUCCAAGACCAGGACUUCCUGCAUGUGGCAGAGGCCACAGGAGUCAGCUCCACCAGAGCAGGUUCCAAAGGGACCUUCAGUUCUACCCAAAUAGGAUGAAGGGAGCAAAGUAGAUGCUGUGGCCAUAUGCGAAGAAUAAAUCAUUUCCAAAUCAGGAUCAUAGAAAAGAAACUCAUAAAUAAUUCCCUUUAAAAGUUAUUGGGGUUUUAUCAAAGCUCUCGGCCUCUGCUCACAGGAUGGGGUGUUCAUGGGCAGGAGAUGGGCUGCACCCAUGAACACCAUUCCCCCAGCUUCCUUUCUUACACUGCAGAUCUAGUACUUCUGUUGGACACAAGGUCAGGCAUGGUUUCCAUGCUUGUUAGUGUUUUAUGAUGCUCCAUUUUCAGCCCAGAAAGUCAACAGCUUCGCUUGUUGUAAACUGAAACUCAAAAGCAGGAAAGAUUAGGUUUGGCUUAUGAAAUUUGGGGUUGGUUUUACCAUUUUUAAAUGUAUUUGGGAGCUGUGAGCGCUUGAGUUGCAAAACAAAAAGAUACUUCAAGCCAGACAGUUGUUGGUUUGGUUGGGUUUUUUCAUUCUGAAACUUGUCAAAACAAGCUAUAUUGAUAAUUAUGACCUUUUUUUAUUCCAAUUGAGAAAUGCAUCAAGAGCAGCCCUUUCCCACGAAACCUUUCAUUUUCAGAACAUCAGUCACACUUUUUCUGCUCACACAGCUGGAACUGGUGGCACUGGAUUCAGAGAGAAUAGCAAUUUGUAAAGAAUUCCAACCAGUUUGACUUAAAAUAGCAUCCAGCCCAUUUCUUGGAGGCAGUAGGCUGAGUGGUUCCAUGCAAAGAGCAGGCUGGAGAACUGCUGUUCUUACCAGGAUGGUUUCAGAGCAGGAUUACACACCUUGGGAGCUGCAUGGGCACAUUCCUCCCAGGGAGCUAUUGCUGAGAUGCUGGUACCCAGGAGGAAGCAUCCUCUCUCCUCUAGGAGCUCAGCCGGUGGUAGGAGCCCCAGCCAUCCCUCUAACCAACCUCUGUUUUCUCUCCCCAACCCAAACGAACGCAGAGUGAAUCUUCUAGCCCCCAAUACGUUCGGACACCACAGUUCCAGGAUGCCUUCAAACCUGGCGAUGCUCCCGUGUGCUCACGGGAGCUUCCAUUUGGAAGCAACUCAAUGGGGCCGGAAUGGCACAAAGCAGGAAAAGCUGUGGUUCACCAGGACCCGGUGUGAGGGAGAGUUCUGAAGAGCCCCCAGACAAAGUGUCCUUGCCCUCUUGCCCUUCUCUGAGCAUGGGAGAUGCUGCUGCUGGCAGCUAUGGUGAGCUCCCUCUGCCCCUCUGCCACAGGGGGGGACCUCAGCGGGGACCAGAGCCCCCCCCGCUGGGGCAGCUUUGCCUGUAGGGGACCAGGCUGCUGGUGACCGAACCCUUCUCAAGUGCUUGUGACAUGUGGGUGGUUACAGAGCUCAGACCUACAACACAACAAAGGUCCUUUUACCGAGCGUGGUGGCGAGGUGAAAACAAAACCAGAAACAAACCAUACUGCUGAAGUCAAAUGUUCUUUCUAAUCCCCCUGCCCGGUUUCUCUUUCUUUCCAGCUUUCUUCCUCUGCCUCCCGGACCCUCCCUCUCUGUUCCCACCCCCCUUCUGUUUCUCUUUCUCCCCUCUGUCAUAAGAAAGUGACUGUGUCCUCGAGGGGACAGUUUUCUUAUGCCAUUUUAUACACUGUGCUUCAUGUUUAGAACUUUUUUGCACUAGUUCCUAUUACAUUUCUUUUCCAAAAUGGUUUGACAAAAAACAACAAAAAAAACCCAAACAAAAACACAAAAACCAUGCUAUAAUUCAGUUGUAUUAAAAAUAUUAUCCUACUACUCUCUGUGUUCAAUAGUCUCUGUACCUGUAAUGCUUUCAGUUCUGUUGUAUUUUGGGGCAGAGGUUUUCUCCGCUCCUUGUUUAACCCAGUAAAGAAAUAAAAUGUUAAGAAUUGAUGAUAA